AUGUCGAAUACCAAAAUGAACGCUAUCGCGCAUAUGCGACAGUUUGGGAUAUCACCUCACCCCGACCUACAAGUUGUAGCUCGUAUACCUGCGCUUGACGCAUUUCCGAAUCUCCUGCCAGUCGUGAUGGUUGCCGAGGCUAAGAGGGAGCUUAAACCGGAUUACGAAGCCGUGCAGAAUGCCUUGACGACGCUUCCAAUCCUCGACCUUUUCGUGCGGAUUUAUCUUCAUACUCGAAGCUCGCCUGAUGAUGCUAUGCCAUCCUGGAUGUACACCUAUGGCAUCGUGUUUGCGCCCACGGGCUUCGAGGUAUACGCUCACUACGUAAUGCAAGUGAAGACUCGAGCAGCAUCUGUUCGCUACAUCUGGGAGCCUCGUAGUACUCUGGUGAGCAACAAGUAUGCAGAGUGCUGGACAGGGACAGAGCCAGAGUCUCCUGAACGGUUCCGCGUGGCUCAAUGCCUCUAUCACGUUCUAAACCAUACACUCUUCGUGAAUGAGCAAGUUUCGAGAUGGGUGGAUAGUCGAGCGAUGUGGGGAGCAAAGGUAAUGGAUAAACUUUAUGUGAAGGAACGACUGGAAGCGAAGGAUGUCGCGUGGUGCAUCCUGCAAGGAAUAACUGUUCUCAAUAACGAAUGA